AUGUUGUUUGAAUACCGCCUCGCUCAAGCUCCACAGUUAAGUCUGUGUCUUUUUAUCAAUACAGAAAAGAAUGGUCUUCUACUGCUAUCACUGAAAGGUCAAUAUCAAUCAAUACCUGACAACUGGGAGUCUUUACCUUCUCGGCCUAUCUUUCAAGACGGGCAGCUUAUUUGGAACGACCUCAAUUGCCCUGUUAUUGCUAUUCACUCUGUAGUUGUUCGGAAUGAGUAUCAGGCGCGCGAGUUGGGGAGAGAUUUAGUCAAGGCUUAUAUUCUGUAUCUGAAGAGUAUGAGGGUUACGGCAAAACAUGUUGUUCUCAUUGCGCAUCAUCAUCUUAUUCCAUUUUAUGAGAGUUGUUGGUUUGAGAAUCGGGGACUUGGAGAAUGUCGCUUUGCUUGUGGGGUUUGGUAUGCUUUA